AUGCCACCACACGGUCGUGACUUCGGGUUUCACCUCAGGAAGUACUGCCCUUCCCUGUUAUUCAAUGGCAAAUGCUCCGACCGCCGUUAUUGUCCUCUCUCCCACAACGUCAAGUCCCUUUGCGAGCCGUGCGGAGUGCUAUGCGUCAACGGAGGCAUCUUGAAGUCCCACAAGACCUCCGCAGGCCAUCUACGCAGGACCAGCCGGCCCGACAACUCCGACGUCAUCGAGCUCCACUGCGAGGAGUGCGACGUAAGCGUCUUCGGCAUACGCUCCUGGAACGCGCACCUCGCGAGCCGCGAAGAUCACCCGCUCGUCCAUCCCCGCAACCCCGAGUUCCACGACGAGGCGUACUGUUUAACGUGCAAGAGGUUCUUAGAGUCAGACGAAUCGAGCGAUGGUCAUCCCAGUACCAAGAAGCACACCAUAUUCAAGCAGAUCGCGCUCUACAAGGCGGAGCUCGAGGAGAGGGGCAUCGUCGACGGCGUUCUGACGGUCUCUCAUCGGGGUGCUGUGGACUUUGGUGUCGUCACAGCCGCCCAGGCCAGGAGAGGAAAGCAGAUAAUCGUGACUAUCGUCCCGAAGGUAGCCGGGUUGGUUAUGCAAACGGUCACAGCGCGCUCGAACUCUUGCAAGCUCACGGCAUCGAGCGAUGCGCUGCUGGUGCCGCUCGCCACAAAACAGGCCACAAAGGUCGUGGUAGAGUUCAAAAGCAAACUUCAAGACAGGGGGUUUGUGGGAAAGCUCGUCGUGGGGUUCAAGUAUCCUGGGUGGGACGACGUGAAGGAGAUGCGGCGAAAUGUGGUUGUGCAAGUCCGCGACUAG